AUGCAAUGUAGAGAAAAUGUGCAAGAAAAUGAAACAUUUAUGCAAUGUAGAGAAAUUGUCCAAGAAAAUGAAACAUUUAUGCAAUGUAGAGAAAAUGUCCAAGAAAAUGAAACAUUUAUGCAAGGUAGAGAAAAUGUCCAAGAAAAUGAAACAUUUAUGCAAGGUAGAGAAAAUGCCCAAGAAAAUGAAACAUUUAUGCAAUGUAGAGAAAAUGUCCAAGAAAAUGAAACAUCUAUGCAAUGUAGAGAAAAUGUCCAAGAAAAUGAAACAUCUAUGCAAUGUAGAGAAAAUGUCCAAGAAAAUGAAACAUUUAUGCAAUGUAGAGAAAAUGUCCAAGAAAAUGAAACAAUUAUGCAAGGUAGAGAAAAUGCCCAAGAAAAUGAAACAUUUAUGCAAGGUAGAGAAAAUGUCCAAGAAAAUGAAACAUUUAUGCAAGGUAGAGAAAAUGUCCAAGAAAAUGAAACAUUUAUGCAAGGUAGAGAAAAUGUCCAAGAAAAUGAAACAUUUAUGCAAUGUAGAGAAAAUGUCCAAGAAAAUGAAACAUCUAUGCAAUGUAGAGAAAAUGUCCAAGAAAAUGAAACAUCUAUGCAAUGUAGAGAAAAUGUCCAAGAAAAUGAAACAUUUAUGCAAUCUAAAGGUCUUGUAAAAUGA